AUGAGCAGCGGGAAGGCGUCGGCGCCGGCGGCGAAGCUGGAGGAGGAGCAGGUGGAGGAGCUGCGGGAGAUAUUCCGGUCGUUCGACCGGAACAAGGACGGGAGCCUGACGCAGCUGGAGCUGGGGUCCCUGCUGCGGUCGCUGGGGCUGAAGCCGAGUGAGGAGCAGGUGGAGGCGGUGAUCCACCGGGCGGACGCCAACGGCAACGGGCUGAUCGAGUUCUCGGAGUUCGUGUCCUUGGUGGAGGCGGACCUCCUCCUCCUGCACUCCGCCAACUCCAAGUGCCCGUACACGGAGGAGCAGCUCCGCCAGAUGUUCACCAUGUUCGACAGGGACGGCAACGGCUUCAUCUCCCCGGCCGAGCUCGCACACUCCAUGGCCAAGCUCGGCCACGCACUCACGCCGGCCGAGCUCACCACCAUGAUCCGGGAGGCCGACGGCGACGGCGACGGUUGCAUCAGCUUUCAGGAGUUCGCCAACGCCAUCACCUCCGCCGCCUUUGACAAUAACUCUUGGUGCUAG